AGUUUUAGAAAGUUGUCUCCACUGAUGGCGCACAAUUACAAAAUGUGUUUUCAAGGGAGAUGGCUGCUUUGAAUAAGGAAUAUAAUGACAAUAAUUGAAUUGCGUGUUUAGUUUGAAUUAAUAUCUCCAGUUAAUUAAUUUAUGAAAUUAAAUUUAUAAAAUUAUUUUUGAAGAUCUCCUAGUUGUCAAUUUAAUAAUUAAUUUUAAUUUAAUUAAUUAAAACCAUGAAGUUGAAAAUAUUGAUAUGUGGAGAUGUCAAUGGACAGUUCUCAGCUCUCUCCUCUAAGCUGAACACACUUGUUAAGAAGAGUGGACCAUUUGAUAUGUUGUUUUGUGUGGGGAACUUCUUUGGAGAGGACGAAGAGGAAAAUUUGAGUAUCGAGAAGAAUAAGCAUUCGUUUGCAGUGGCAACGUACAUACUCGGACCCAGCAAAAAGGAACAUGUGAAAUAUUACAAGGACCUCAUGGGAUAUCAGCUGUGUGAAAAUGUCACUUAUCUUGGUCGCAGAGGUUUGUUCAGGGGAGUGUCCAACCUGAGCGUUGCCUUCCUAAGUGGGGUCGACCAGGAAGCGUCAAACCCUUCGUCGCAUCAUCAGUUCAAUGCCGACGACAUCAAAUCAUUUGAGGAGAGCAUCACAUCGCAAGAGAACUUUAAGGGAGUGGAUGUCUUUCUUACAUCUCAGUGGCCUCAUGAUGUCGACAAAUAUGCCAUCAGCGUCAAUGAAGCGUACGACGGAUCAUCGCUGGUCAGCAGGCUGGCACUCACACUGAAACCGCGCUACCAUUUCUCCGGUCUGAACAACAUGAACUACGAGAGACUUCCAUACAGGAACCACAGGAUACUUGCAGAGAAAUCGCAUCACGUCACGAGGUUCAUUGCACUGGCCCACUUCAACAACACGCACAAGAGGAAGUUUUUGUAUGCCUUCUCGAUUGAUCCAAUUGUGACGAUGGAUGCUGCUGAGCUGAGCAGGCAGCCAGAUGAGACUACUGAAGCACCGUACAACAAACAAGUUCUCUUCAAACAGGAUGGGGCAAAGGUUGAACCCACUCAGCAGUUUUUUUAUUCCACUUCGAAGACGGGUGAUAAGAGGAGGUCAGAUGGUACGAGGCCACCAGGCACAAACUUCAAGAAACAAAUGAUCAGUCAAGAUAUCUGCUGGUUCUGUUUGGCUAAUCCGAAGGUGGAAAAACAUUUGGUGAUCAGUGUGGGAGAACUUUGUUACCUGGCGCUGGCCAAAGGAGGUCUGAAUGAUGAACACUCGUUGAUCAUCCCCAUCAACCACCACGCCUCGUCAACAACAUCCCCACCUGAAGUCAUCAACGAGAUUCAAGUGUACAAAAAAAGUCUGACCAACUUCUUCAAAUUCAACGGCAAGUGUGUCGUGUUUUUUGAGCGCAACUACAAGACGUCUCACAUGCAACUCCAAGUUGUUCCGCUGCCCGAGAGGUUUGAGAGCAGGUUGAAGGAGGCCUGCCUGAAGUUCUGCAAGGAUCAGGACAUUGACCUGCUUGAACUGCCAGCGCACUCCGACCUCUCACAGAUGCUCUCCCCCACAUCUCCAUACUUCUGCAUUGAAUUGCCUGAUCAUCAACGGUUCUUCUUUAGGGUUCCAAAAGGGUUCAACAUCAAUUUUGGAAGAAUGAUGUUGUGUCAAGUGUCACUGCUGAACCAACCAGAGAAGAUAGAUUGGAAGAAUUGUCAGAUGUCGGAGGACAUGGAGAAGAAGUCUUGUGCCAAGAUCAGGGAGCAGUUCAAAACAUUUGACCCUUUCAACUGAUUGCCAUCAAAUCAUUCUUGAAACUACUGGAAGAUGAAAAUUAUGCUUGAAAAUAGAAGUUCAAAUACACCUCUCCUCACUAACAAACAUGAGAACGUUCACGUCUCGCUUGUAUAUACGCACCUACCUCGCUGGGCGAUCAACUUUUAGAGUAAGGGGCAAAUCUGUAUUUUGGUCCCGCAUUUUUUUAAAAAAAGUAAUAUUUUUAAACAAUGUCUGUCCACAAAAAUCAUUUGUGUGUGUGUGUGUGUUUGUGAGUAUGAGUGUUAUUCAAUAAUGUAUGAAUUUUGCUGAAUUGUUGGCAUCAAACUUUAAAUUGGUUAAUGCCAACAAUUUGGUUAAAUUCAUAUACGAUAUUAUAUUAAAAUAUACAUAGUGAAAGUCCGACCCAUAACGGAUGGAGACUAUAAACGAGGAUUGAUUGAUGUAUAUAAUGAAAAAUACUUUUAAAAAACUAAAUAUCGGUUAAUGUAAUUGUUUUCUUUGAUGAAAUGACUUUAUAUUCAUGUUUUAAAACAUACUGAAAGAAAAUUAUGUGAUUGUGUUGACGUUAGCAUUUGUUUUCAGCGUUAAAGAUGAUUGCAUAUCGCUACACAUAUUUAUCCUCUUAAAAAACACGAUUUUGAAAAUUAUUUUUAGAAUAAAAAGUUUCGAAUUUUUAGCAUUUCGGAGUCGAAUGAAAAAUCUCCAACCGACUUCGCAUUCUCAUAAACCGCCCCAUUAAAUUCUUUUGCGGAAUAAAAAACGAUGAUAAAGAAACG